AUGGCAAAGUGGAAUAUGUCUGCAUAUAUAAUUACAUCUUCAGUGGGGGCUAAGAAGCAGUUAAAUGGCUUCAGAAUGGCAAAGAUGAUGAUCCAUAGGAAACCGUCACUUUCCUAUGGAUCAUCAUCGCUUCUCUUUCGAUUGCUGGCUAUAUGCACCCCGCGGGAACACUUUGAUCAAGACCAGGGAUCCCCGCGGGAACACGUUGGUAAAGACCAGGGAUCCCCGCGGGAACACGUUGGUGAAGACCAGGGAUCCCCGCGGGAACACGUUGGUGAAGACCAGGGAUCCCCGCGGGAACACUUUGAUCAAGACCAGGGAUCCCCACGGGAACACGUUGGUAAAGACCAGGGAUCCCCGCGGGAACACGUUGGUAAAGACCAGGGAUCCCCACGGGAACACGUUGAUAAAGACCAGGGAUCCCCGCGGGAACACGUUGAUAAAGACCAGGGAUCCCCGCGGGAACACGUUGAUAAAGACCAGGGAUCCCCGCGGGAACACUUUGAUCAAGACCAGGGAUCCCCGCGGGAACACGCUGGUAAAGACCAGGGAUCCCCACGGGAACACGUUGAUAAAGACCAGGGAUCCCCGCGGGAACACUUUGAUCAAGACCAGGGAUCCCCACGGGAACACGUUGGUAAAGACCAGGGAUCCCCGCGGGAACACGUUGGUAAAGACCAGGGAUCCCCACGGGAACACGUUGAUAAAGACCAGGGAUCCCCGCGGGAACACGUUGAUAAAGACCAGGGAUCCCCGCGGGAACACGUUGAUAAAGACCAGGGAUCCCCGCGGGAACACUUUGAUCAAGACCAGGGAUCCCCGCGGGAACACGCUGGUAAAGACCAGGGAUCCCCACGGGAACACGUUGAUAAAGACCAGGGAUCCCCGCGGGAACACUUUGAUCAAGACCAGGGAUCCCCGCGGGAACACGUUGGUAAAGACCAGGGAUCCCCACGGGAACACGUUGAUAAAGACCAGGGAUCCCCGCGGGAACACGUUGAUAAAGACCAGGGAUCCCCGCGGGAACACUUUGAUCAAGACCAGGGAUCCCCGCGGGAACACGUUGAUAAAGACCAGGGAUCCCCGCGGGAACACGUUGGUAAAGACCAGGGAUCCCCGCGGGAACACUUUGAUCAAGACCAGGGAUCCCCACGGGAACACGUUGAUAAAGACCAGGGAUCCCCGCGGGAACACUUUGAUAAAGACCAGGGAUCCCCGCGGGAACACUUUGAUCAAGACCAGGGAUCCCCGCGGGAACACGUUGGUGAAGACCAGGGAUCCCCGCGGGAACACGUUGGUGAAGACCAGGGAUCCCCGCGGGAACACGUUGGUGAAGACCAGGGAUCCCCGCGGGAACACUUUGAUCAAGACCAGGGAUCCCCGCGGGAACACGUUGGUGAAGACCAGGGAUCCCCGUGGGAACACGUUGAUAAAGACCAGGGAUCCCCGCGGGAACACGUUGAAGACCAGGGAUCCCCGUGGGAACACGUUGGUGAAGACCAGGGAUCCCCGCGGGAACACGUUGGUGAAGACCAGGGAUCCCCGCGGGAACACGUUGGUGAAGACUAG